AUGAAAGUCGAUAAAGUGACUGAAGACUUAUUGGAUUCAACUCAGGUCACAAAAAGGAUCAUCUUGAGUACAAUUGCAAAAUUCUAUGAUCCUUUAGGAAUUGUAUCACCUGUUGUUCUUUUACUGAAGAUUCUAUUCCAAGAGGUCUGUAAGAGACACUUCAAUUGGGAUGAACCACUUCACGAGGAUAUGGUUAAGAACUUUAACUUGAUUAUUUCUGACUUGAACAAGACACAAGCAGUUAAGCUCAGCAGAUGUUGUAUAGAUCCUACCAUGUCAAAGAAGGAAAUAAUAUCUGCACAGUUGCAUGCAUUUGGAGAUGCAUCAGAAAGAGCUUAUGGAUCUACUGUCUAUCUACGAAUCGAGUAUCCUUAUGGAGUUCAUUGUUGUCUUAUUGCCUCUAAAACAAGAAUUGCUCCUAUGAAUGAACAAACCAUUCMACGAUUAGAACUCCAAGCUAGUCUUGUAACAGCUCGAUUAGCAGAUCAGAUUAAGAAAUCAUUGGAAAGUGUAUUGCCUAUUGAUGUACUUGAGUUAUGGUCAGACUCUGCGGUUGUAUUACACUGGAUAAAGAACGGAGCAAAGAAACAGAAACAGUAUGUACAAAACAGAAUCAAGGAGAUUAGACAAUUGACACGAGCUGAAUGGUGGAGAUAUUGUCCAACACAAGAUAAUCCAGUAGACCUUGCCUCCAGAGGAACUUUAGUUUCACAGUUGAUCAAUAACGAUAAGUGGUUUAAAGGACCACAAUUCCUAUCAGGAAAAACAGACCUGUGGCCGUCGCAAGAUGUAAUUGCCACUUCUAAGGAACAGGUAGAAGAAGAGAAUGUUAUGACCGAAACGGAUGAAUCUAUUACCGUCAAUCUCAGCAUGGCGAAAGAUCCAGAAGCGCAACCUAAGUUGUUUAUACCYGUUGAGAAGUAUAGUGACUUACAAAGAGUCCUAAGAAUUACAGCUUAUGUUACACGUUUUAUCAAUAGCCUGCGAAGGAAGAAACUCAAUCAACCAAUAGUCAACGAAACUCUUAGUAUCCAAGAAAUGAACAAUGCAGAAAAGUUAUGGAUAAGAAUCAUGCAUUACUCCAUUAGACUCUCCUCUGAGAAAUUUAGACAACUCCAAACCUCGUUAGACUUGUUCAUGGACGACGAAAACAUCGGCAGACAAGUUGUCAAGAAAUAUCUGUCUAAGUGUGUUACUUGYAAGAGAAUACAAGGAACCCCAUACCGAGCACCAUUACCACCUCCGCUUCCAAGCUUCAGAUUGUCUGACGAUUUUGCAUUUACGAGGAUCGGAAUCGAUUUUGCUGGGCCGGUAUACGUUAAGGACAUCUAUGCUGGUGGACAAUUGAAUAAAGCGUACAUAGCGUUAUACACUUGUGCAUCAAGUACAGCUAUUCAUUUGGAUUUGGUACCUGAUUUAAGCGCAGAAUCAUUGAUAAGAAGUCUCCAGAGAUUCAUCGGAAGACGUGGAACACCAGUAUUCAUUUUAUCAGACAAUGGCAAGACAUUUAAGGACAGAAAACUCAAAAAGUUUGUGCGUGAAAAGAAUAUCGAAUGGAAGUACAAUGUCGAGAGAGCCCCAUGGUGGGGAGGUUUCUUCGAGCGAUUAGUACAAUCAGUCAAGAGACCCUUGAGGAAACAAUUUCAUCGUGCAAAACUUAAUUACGAAGAGUUUCUCACAACGUUGAUAGAAAUCGAAAGAGUUCUGAAUUCAAGACCCCUUACUUAUGUUUAUGACGAGAUCGACGAAGUCUUAACACCAUCACACCUGGUCAUAGGAAGACGUCUUUUGUCACAACCAGACAAGUCACACGUAUUCAGUGACGAUGGACCAAAAGAUCUCAACAAAAGAAGUUUAUAUUUAAAGAAAUUAUUGGAUCAAUUCCGGUGCAGGUGGCAGAAGGAAUACCUCACUGAGCUAAGAGAACAUUACCGUUACAAAGAGAGAAUAAAUCAAUCAAGUGGUGCAAGGGAAGGAGAUAUAGUAUCYAUUUAUCAAGAGAAGACGCCACGACAAACAUGGAAGAUUGGAAGAAUCGUGAAGUUAAUCGAAGGAAGAGAUGGAAAGAACCGAGCUGCUAUCGUAAAGACAACUACAAAAGAAGGAAAACAAUGGGAACUGAGAAGACCACUAACGAAGUURUACCCUAUCGAAGUUCGAGCUAAGGAUCUUGAAGAAAAKGAAGUCCGAAAAGAAGAACAAGCAACAGAUAUCACCUUCGUGGAUGAUAGAGAAAUAGACACUGUUAUUACUCGUUAA